AUGGCAGCAGACAGCAACAUGGCUCCUGAAGAAAAGCCGAGCACAGCUGCUGUGAAAAGGGCUGUCCACAAGAUCCGAAUGGCCAGCCAGGUCUUCAGCUUGGCACGAGGCUGGCAGCAGUGGGCAUCUGACCACCAUGUAAAGCAAGAGCAAGAGCCCUCUGGAUGGGUCCCCACUGCAGUAAGCUCAUCAGCUCAGCCUGUACAAGAAAGUUCCUUUGAAAAAUGGCAAAUUCCAUCUGUCAAGAGGGACCAAGAAAAAGAUGAUGAAAAAUCCUUAGCAAAGGAAUCGGUGACAAUAACAGAUGAUGAAAAAAAAUCCAGGGAAUCGGAUGAAGACCUCAAAACGUUCUGUAUUAAAAGCAAAGAGGUGACCAAAACAGUUGUCAGCAAAGCCUAUGAACGAGGGGGUGAUGUCAGCCUCCUCAGUGAAAGAUAUGAGAACAACAGCAGUCCUGAGAUGACCAAGCUCAAAGAAGAAUCAAGUGCUAUUGACAAAAUUCUUAGUGACAAAUUACCUUCAGCCAUAAGAAGGAAGUGUUCAAAUGUGGUAUCAGAGCUGACCAAGGGCUGGGAGAAGAUGGAAGAGGACAAAGAUGGGGACAAGGGAGAGCUGCUGCUUAAGUGUCGUGAUGACAGCCUGGAUGCCCAGGACAGUGGCUAUGGGGAAGCAGAGGACAAGCUCGAGCAGGAAGACAGUGACCGGGAGGUGACAGCUGUGAGGAUUAAACGGCCUGCCCCAUCUCUUGGCAGCCGGCUGAGCGAGGAGGCGCGGAGCAAUGCGCGCAGGAAAUGCAGCGCCGUGCACAGCCUCAAGGACAGGUGGCAGGAAUGGGCCGACCAACACAUCAUAACGCAGAAGCUGAACCCCUUCAGCGAGGAGUUCGACCACGAGCUGGCCAUGUCCACACGCCUGCACAAAGGAGAUGAAGGAUACGGCCACCCAAAGGAAGGAACCAAAACUGCUGAGAGAGCCAAGAGAGCCGAGGCCCACAUCCACCGGGAGAUCAGGGACAUGUGCUUCAUCAUUGAAUCCAUGGCCAAGCCACGGCCCGACGGAAAGAUCCAAGUCACAUUUGGGGAACUCUUUGACAGAUAUGUUCGUAUUUCAGAUAAGGUUGUUGGGAUUCUGAUGAGAGCCAGGAAACACGGGCUGGUGGACUUUGAAGGAGAAAUGUUAUGGCAAGGAAGAGAUGAUAAUGUCAUAAUUACUUUAUUAAAAUAAGUUAGGCUAUAACCAGAACAACUUUUGGAAAACUGUUCUCCCUUGCCAUUAGCAUUUGCACAUUUUUGAAUAUAAGAUUCCCCCGUUCACCACAUAGAAAACAGUAUUUUUUGAAAUAUGUAUUUUAUAACUAGUGCAUGAUAACCCAAACAUCCGAAUGGACUUCAUUUUGUAUCAGAAGCGCUUGCAGAACAAUUAAGGUAAUUACUACCUGGAAAAAAAGGAGAAAAAUCUAUAUAGAAUACGAGCAGCUGAUGAUAAAAGCCCAUAGAAAUAUAAACACCUACAAACUAAUUCCAACUUCUUGUUACAUUAAGAUAUUCCCAGCCUG